AUGGGUAAUAGUAAUAGUGCGAGUAUUUCUCGAGCAGACACCUACGAGGAGUUUAUAAAGCAUGUUGCUGAGGCCAACAAGAUACUGUUUACCCUACCGGACGCCAAUGGAAAGAUCAUGUGUCUGUCAGUUUCAGAGAUGGACUUGCUAAAGGAAGGUCAGUUUCUAUGGAAGCUCUUUGUAAGGGUACAAGUAUCAUUAGUUAAUCAACAACAACAACAACAACAACAACAUCAACAACAACAACAACAGCAAAAUCAACAUCAACCAAAACUACAACAACAACAAAUGAAAGAGCAUGAUGCUUCAAACAAGCGUCAUACUGUACUAAAGUACAACCAAUUCUAUGACUUCAAGAGAGUUAUUCUGGACCUCUUUGAAAAGUGUGAUGAUUCACAUCUACUGGAGAAAGAGAACACAAACAAAGAGAAAGGAGUGGACGAUACUAGACCAAACAACAGUAUCGAUGUUACCCGACUUUACAAUCAAAUGAAAAUGAGUGGCACUUGGUCAGACUCUAGGGAGUGUCCAAUAUGCUUUGAGGAUGACGCCACUUGUGUUGCACCUUGUGCACACGCCUUUUGUUCAAAGUGCAUCAAUCAAUGGCGUGAAAGGAACAAUACAUGCCCAAUAUGCAGGAUGUCUGGCAGUACAGAUGGUGUUCAAGGCGAUUUGGACUUUGAGAUCAUGGAUGCGUCACCAGCAGAAGAGUUAUCGAAUUACCUACAAAAGGUGAUCAAACGUUAG